GAACUCAUCAUUUGGUAUGUAGGUGUUGCAGACUUCACUUACCAAGAUAUAAGCCACAGCCACAGUGACGAUGGUUCAUCCUCUUUCUCUGAUUCUUCUGCUCAUGAUGCCAGCUCAGCUUGCAACAUAUGACUUGAACAACACGGAAUACAGCAUGACUCUUUCUGCAGACUCUACAGACACUCUGUAUACAACAUCAGCCCCUCUAACACACACUAUUAGCAAGACAACUGAGACAGAAGAUCGCCCAAAGAAUGUUGUAGUGUCUGGACCUUCUGGUGGAAUAGCUGAAGGUGGUUCAGUGACUCUGACCUGCAGCAGUGAUGCAAAUCCACCUGUGGAGAGCUACACCUGGUUUAAGAGAUCAGGAACAGAGGAUAUAAAAAUUGGGACUGGGCAGAAUUACACCAUCACACAUACCAGCGUUGAAGACAGUCAUAAAUACAAGUGCAGGGCAUCCAACCGGCACGGAUCUGCAUUCUCAGAAUCCACGGCCCUUGACAUUUUAUAUGGCCCAAAGAGGGUGUCUAGUAGACCAUCUAGUGAAAUACUUGAGGGAGGGUCAGUGACUCUGAUUUGCAGCAGUGAAGCAAACCCACCUGUGAAGAGCUACACCUGGUUUAAGAGAUCAGGAAAAGAGGAUUCACAAACAGGCUACGGUCAGAAUUAUAGCAUCAGAGAUGUCAGCAUUGAAGACAAUUACAAAUACAAGUGUAGGGCAUCCAAUCAACACGGAUCUGCCUUCUCAGAGUACACAAAGCUUCACAUUUUAUACUCCCCAAAGAAGACGUCAGUGUCCAUGACCCUGAAAUGCAACGCCGAUGCUAACCCACUUGUGAUGGACUACAUCUGGUAUAAAGAAGGUGAAAGAGCACCUGUGGCAUAUGGGCAGACCUACAGCAUCGCCAGUAUCACUAAAGAGGGCAUUGCACCAUUCUACUGCAAGGCUCGUAACAGAAUUGGCCAUCACUUUGCACGCCCUGUACUGGUCACAUGUAUAGAGGUGUGCCCUAAAGUAAAGACUGCAGCUGCUGUCAUCGGUGGAUUCUGUGGAGGACUUGCUGUAGUUGCUGUCUUGAACAUUCUGUGGAUAAGCAAGAGAAAUAAGCAGAUAACAAAUGGAAGUGAACGUGGCGCAGAUGAAAGCAAGAAGAAUCAGACAACAAGUGGAAAUGAUCACAGUAAAGCUGAACGCAAAAGGAGGAAGAAGAAGACAGCAAUUGAAGAUGAUUAUGAGAAUGUUGGCCCAGAGUCCAACACAUGCAACAACUCAUACACGGCUGUUAAUCUGAGGACCAAGUACUCAGCUGAUGUGUAUGAAGCUCAAACAACUAAGAGCAGCGCUAUGAUGCAGGUGUAGGUUCUCAUAGCAACCACUUCUGACUCCAACUCUGUGGAAUCAUCAUCAGAACCAUCACAGUGGAUACAAACCACAUAAGAGACUGGACCUACAAAGAAGGAAGAGGAGAAUAUCAGAGGACAAGAUGUUAAUGCUUAUGCGUAUACACAGUGUUUCUUAUAAAGCAUAGAAGAUCCACAUUUACCUGCUAAAGCUUUGCAACAGCUGUUUGAUUUGUGUAGCAAACCAUUAUAUUUGUAAAUUAAGUACAGGAAGAAAAUGCUCACGUUGUUGUAGUUUAUUACUAUAUAGUAUUGUUUCUGGAAAAUGUAUACUUUAUUCAAGUCAAAAUUCUUGUAAUCUUACUCAGUUAUAUUUCUACAACUUUUUACUCCUUGCAUUCUCAUUUGAACCUUGAAUGUCCUUGUUACAAAUUCAUAGGCCAUGAGAUUCAUCAGUACUGUGUUUAAGUGUAUUUGAAUGUUGAAAUUAAGAGCUGAAUGGGAUGAAGACAAGACAGACUCGCUAGUCUGGGUUACUCAAGUGCAGUGUGAUCAGUUAAUGCCCAGCAUUAAAAUUAAUUUAAUUUUAAGAACAAUACAAAAGGAUGAUUGGAUUCGUAAUAU